CUCCAAGAGCUGGGAGCUGUCUGGAGUGAUCCGCCAAGGGGAGAUCAUGGGCACCUAGGCCGAGUGUCUCUGGUUUGCCCAAACCAUUUGUGGAGCGUGAGUGCCAGGAACAGUCUAGAGGCCUGCCCCGGCUAGUGACCCUGCACAGUCUCGGGUUACUCCAAAGUAGCGUUUCCCGGAAGCAGCAGCCCUUUCUGAGGGGAUGGGCGCAGCCAGGCCAGAUGGACGAGAAGACCAAGAAAGCAGAGGAGAUGGCCCUGAGCCUUGCCCGGGCUGUGGCUGGAGGAGAUGAACGGGCUGCUAUCAAGUAUGCCACCUGGCUGGCAGAGCAGAGGGUGCCCCUCAGGGUGCAAGUAAAACCCGAGGUCUCCCCAACACAGGACAUCAGGCUUUGUGUGAGUGUGGAGGAUGCUUACAUGCACACCGUCACCAUUUGGCUCACAGUCCGCCCUGAUAUGACAGUGGCCUCCCUUAAGGACAUGGUAUUCCUGGACUAUGGCUUCCCACCCAGCCUGCAGCAGUGGGUGGUUGGACAGAGGCUGGCACGAGACCAGGAGACCUUGCAUUCACAUGGCGUUCGGCGGAAUGGAGACAGUGCCUAUCUCUACCUGCUGUCAGCUCGCAACACAUCACUCAACCCGCAAGAGCUGCAGCGGCAGCGGCAGCUGCGCAUGUUGGAAGAUUUGGGCUUCAAGGACCUCACCCUGCAGCCACGGGGCCCCUUGGAGCCUGUCCUUCCCAAGCCCAAGACCCACCAGGAGCCGGGGCAGCCAGACGCCGCCCCAGAGUCACCACCGGUGGGCUGGCAGUGCCCUGGCUGCACUUUUAUCAACAAACCCACACGGCCUGGGUGUGAGAUGUGCUGUCGUGCAAGGCCUGAGACCUACCAGAUACCUGCUUCGUACCAGCCUGACGAGGAAGAGCGAGCACGCCUGGCUGGUGAGGAGGAGGCGCUGCGCCAGUACCAGCAGCGGAAACAGCAGCAGCAGGAGGGGAACUACCUGCAGCACGUGCAGCUGGAGCAGAGGAGCCUGGUGCUGAACACCGAACCUGCUGAGUGCCCUGUGUGCUACUCAGUGCUGGCACCCGGCGAGGCUGUGGUGCUGCGUGAGUGUCUGCACACCUUCUGCAGGGAGUGUCUGCAGGGCACCAUCCGAAACAGCCAGGAGGCGGAGGUAUCCUGCCCCUUCAUUGACAGCACCUACUCAUGCCCUGGCAAGCUGCUGGAGAGGGAGAUCCGGGCGCUCCUGUCCCCUGAGGACUACCAGCGUUUCUUGGACCUGGGUGUGUCCAUCGCAGAGAACCGAAGCACCUUGAGCUACCACUGCAAGACUCCGGACUGCAGGGGCUGGUGCUUCUUUGAGGAUGAUGUCAAUGAGUUCACCUGUCCUGUGUGCACCCGUGUCAACUGUCUGCUCUGCAAGGCCAUCCACGAGGGCAUGAAUUGCAGGGAGUACCAGGACGACUUGGCCCUACGGGCUCAGAAUGAUGUCGCUGCCCGGCAGACAACAGAGAUGCUAAGGGUGAUGCUGCAGCAAGGUGAGGCCAUGCACUGCCCACAGUGCCGGAUUGUGGUGCAGAAGAAGGAUGGCUGUGACUGGAUCCGCUGUACAGUCUGCCACACUGAGAUCUGCUGGGUCACCAAGGGUCCACGCUGGGGCCCUGGGGGCCCAGGGGACACCAGUGGUGGCUGCCGCUGCCGGGUCAAUGGGAUUCCAUGCCACCCAAGCUGUCAAAACUGCCACUAAGUCAAAGAUGGUAGCUCUCAUACUGACCCAGCCCCACAUGUAUAGCAGCGUAUAACAUCAGGGCUAGGCCAGGAUUUUUAGCUCUGGUUUGGCCACCAUACCUUUAAGCUUGGUAAGGGAGAAAGCCUGAGCUGUACUGCAGUCUGAUUGCUGUGUUACAAGAACCCAGCUGAGCUGAUGUCAGUUGCACUGCCUCUGUUGCUUCAAGAGGUUGCUGACCAGACCUCACGGCCCUGCGCUAGAUACCCUUACUAGCCACCAGCCUUAAUUAAACACAGCCUUGGCCUGAGUCCUGGCUGGCUAGUGCUCUGAACGUCUGAGUGACUAUUUCCCCUGAGCUUGCUCCCUGAGGACCCACAGCCUCAUCCUUUGCCUUGCUGGCUUUCUGGGCACUCCUUAAAGCUGAUGCAACUUCAUUCAGGACCCAGGUAGAUUAGUAGGUCAGGAAAGCCCACAGGGUCCAGCUCUGCAUCCCCCCCAAGUGAAUUAAAGUGGUUUUCCGAGAA